CCAAAACCACCGUUCAUGAUUCCCUCCUCCUCAAUUGGAAUUACAGAAAUUAUUACGAUUAAUCAGCACGCCAUCCCGUUGACGGCCUAUGUCGGCAUCUACCCUGCUGCCCCGCAGUGUUUAUAAGCUUUCUCCACUUACCCCUCCAAGGAGCACUCUUGUGUCGCGUAGGUAUAUAACUCGAUCGGCCCUCAAUCAAAAGUUCCCAUCACCAGGACUCCCAAGAGCAGCUACAAGUUUCCAAUCACCAAUACAUCAAUUCACCAGGACAAUCCCUCACUUCCCCAGCACAAAAAUCCAAUUCCCCACAACACCUACACCCCACAACUACACAACCAUGUCCACCCCCACCCUCCCAGCAACCAUGCGCGCCAUCAAGAUCCCCCACACUGGCGGCCUCGAAGUCCUCGAGCUACACAGCGACCUCCCCCUCCCCACCCCCACCUCCGGCCAAAUCCUCAUCAAAAACGCCUUCGCAGGCGUAAACUACAUCGACACCUACCUCCGGACCGGCCUGUACCCUCCCCCCGCCUCUGGAAUCCUCGGGCAAGAAGCAGAGGGGACCGUCGUCGCUGUUUCCGCUGAGGGAGACACCUACGGUUUCAAGAUCGGUGACCGCGUCGCUGCGUUCACGUCUGGGGGUGCGUACGCGGAGUACGUUGCUGUGCCGGCGCAGACGUCGUUUAAGCUCCCCGAGGGGAUUGAGGCCGGGUUGGGGGCUGCGAGUUUGCUUCAGGGUCUUACGGCGUUGACGUUGAUUCGGGAGGCUCACCCUGUCAAGAAGGGGGAGACGAUUCUGGUUCACGCUGCUGCUGGAGGCGUGGGAUUGUGGCUUUGCCAGCUCCUUCGUGCGGUUGGGGCGAAGGUUAUCGCUACUGCUUCUACGGCGGAGAAAUUGGCGCUGGCGAAGGAGAAUGGUGCGGAUGAGUUGGUGAAUUAUAAGACGCAUGAUUUUGUGGCUGAGGUGGCGAGGAUCACCGGUGGUGCUGGUGUGGCGGCGGUCUUUGAUGGUGUUGGUGCCGCGACGUUUGAGGGCAGUUUCGCGUCUGUGGCGAGGAAGGGGUCGAUGGUUAGCUUUGGCAAUGCGAGUGGACCUGUUCCGCCGUUUACGAUUGCGAGGUUGGGAGCGAAGAAUAUUAAGGUGUUGAGACCGAGGUUGGGCGCGUAUGUGGAGACGAGGGAGGAGUUCGAGACGUAUUCUGCGGAGUUGUUUGGGUUUAUUGCGGAUGGGAAGGUGGGGGUGAAGGUGCAUGGACGGUAUAAGCUUGAGGAUGUUGCGAAGGCGCAGGGAGAGUUGGAGGGGAGGGGUACGGUUGGGAAAUUGUUGCUUGUUUUGUAAAGGGGGCCUGCUAGUUAUGUUGUGAGGGUGAAGUUGCUUGUGCUAUAAUAUGGAAGCUGAACGCGAGAAAUUCCGAGUCCUCUACCACAAAAGUCGUGCUCAUAGUGACUGAAGGUCGCUCUCCUGCGCACCUAACCCCAAUUCCAUCUCACAUCGGCGAAUAGCUAUUAUUUGGUAGAGCCGAUUGUAUCGUGAGACUGUUUCUAGCUUCAUAUUUACUAGAUAG